UCCCCCUCGGUAGUUGGUGCGCGGACGAGAAAGGAGGAGGGCGCUCCAGGCGAAAGCACUGCAGACGCCAUUAUUCUCUGUUUCUCUGCUGCACCCACCUCGACGUCUUGCCUACGUCCCGCUUGUUGGCGGCCUAUAGGCUACUGAAUCAGCACUUGUCACUUGGUCCCGCCCAGAACACUUCAGUUCUCCUCUGCAAGGAUAUAUAAGUAACUGAUUGGUGUAUCCAUUUAAUACAAGAAAAUGGAAACUGAACAGCCGGAGGAAACCUUCCCCAACACCGAAACCAAUGGUGAAUUUGGUAAGCGCCCAGCAGAAGACAUGGAAGAGGAACAAGCUUUUAAGAGAUCUAGAAACACUGAUGAGAUGGUUGAAUUACGAAUUCUGCUUCAGAGCAAGAAUGCCGGCGCAGUGAUUGGAAAGGGAGGCAAGAAUAUUAAGGCUCUCCGUACAGACUACAAUGCCAGUGUUUCAGUCCCAGACAGCAGUGGCCCCGAGCGCAUAUUGAGUAUCAGUGCUGAUAUUGAAACAAUUGGAGAAAUUCUGAAGAAAAUCAUCCCUACCUUGGAAGAGGGCCUGCAGUUGCCAUCACCCACUGCAACCAGCCAGCUCCCGCUCGAAUCUGAUGCUGUGGAAUGCUUAAAUUACCAGCACUAUAAAGGAAGCGACUUUGACUGCGAAUUGAGACUGUUGAUUCAUCAGAGUCUGGCAGGAGGAAUUAUUGGGGUCAAAGGUGCUAAAAUCAAAGAACUUCGAGAGAACACUCAGACUACAAUCAAGCUUUUCCAGGAAUGCUGUCCUCAUUCCACUGACAGAGUUGUUCUUAUUGGAGGAAAACCAGAUAGGGUUGUAGAAUGCAUAAAGAUCAUCCUUGAUCUUAUAUCAGAGUCUCCCAUCAAAGGACGUGCCCAGCCUUACGAUCCCAAUUUUUAUGAUGAAACCUAUGAUUAUGGUGGUUUCACAAUGAUGUUUGAUGACCGCCGUGGACGUCCCGUUGGAUUUCCUAUGCGGGGAAGAGGUGGUUUUGACAGAAUGCCUCCUGGUCGGGGUGGGCGUCCUAUGCCGCCAUCUAGAAGAGAUUAUGAUGAUAUGAGCCCUCGUCGAGGACCUCCUCCCCCUCCUCCUGGACGAGGUGGCCGUGGUGGUAGCAGAGCCCGGAAUCUUCCUCUUCCUCCUCCACCACCACCCAGAGGAGGAGAUCUUAUGGCCUAUGACAGAAGAGGAAGACCUGGAGACCGUUACGAUGGCAUGGUUGGUUUCAGUGCUGAUGAAACUUGGGACUCUGCAAUAGAUACAUGGAGCCCAUCAGAGUGGCAGAUGGCUUAUGAACCACAGGGUGGCUCUGGAUAUGAUUAUUCCUAUGCAGGGGGUCGUGGCUCAUAUGGUGAUCUUGGUGGACCUAUUAUUACUACACAAGUAACUAUUCCCAAAGAUUUGGCUGGAUCUAUUAUUGGCAAAGGCGGUCAGCGGAUUAAACAAAUUCGCCAUGAAUCAGGAGCUUCGAUCAAAAUUGAUGAGCCUUUAGAAGGAUCUGAAGAUCGGAUCAUUACCAUUACAGGAACACAGGACCAGAUACAGAAUGCACAGUAUUUGCUGCAGAACAGUGUGAAGCAGUAUGCAGAUGUUGAAGGAUUCUAAUGCAAGAUAUUUUUUCUUUUUUAUAGUGUGAAGCAGUAUUCUGGAAAGUUUUUCUAAGACUAGUGAAGAACUGAAGGAGUCCUGCAUCUUUUUUUUUUUAUCUGCUUCUGUUUAAAAAGCCAACAUUCCUCUGCUUCAUAGGUGUUCUGCAUUUGAGGUGUAGUGAAAUCUUUGCUGUUCACCAGAUGUAAUGUUUUAGUUCCUUACAAAAAGGGUGGGGGGGGAGGGUGUGCAAAAACUAACAUUGAAAUUUUGAAACAGCAGCAGAGUGAGUGAAUUUUAAUUUUUGUUCUUCGUUGAUGGUUUAAAAGAAAUAAUUCCCCCCAUGUAAUUAUUGUGAACACCUUGCCUUGUGGUCACUGUAACGUUUGGGGGGUGGGGGGCUAUAGAGGAAACAAAACCGAGGCCUACAUUUCCCUGGCAUCUAUUCAGAGCAGUGUGCAGAAUGUAAUGCUCUUUUGUAAGAAACGUUUUAUGAUUUUUAAAAUAAAUUUAGUGAACCUA